AUGGAAGAACUUUACAAGGCAAACACAAUCUUUGCCCUCAGUUUCUUCAGCCGUCUGGCAAAUACAAGUGCCACCACCCAGAAUCUCUUCUUCUCUCCAUGGAGCAUCUCCUCCGCCAUGGCCAUGAUCUACCUGGGUGCCAGGGGCAACACUGCACACCAGAUGGCCAAAGUGCUUCAGUUUAACAAAGUUGGAGACCGCAAAGUCACCCCAGACACCCAAGAGAUCUUCACCAGUUGUGAAUUCACACAGAAGAUCCAGAAGGGCAUUUAUCCUGAUGCUAUUUUGCAGGCACAAGCUGCAGACACAGUCCAUUCAUCCUUCCGUUCUCUCAGCUCCGCCCUCAACACGUCCACAGGGGAGUAUUUAUUGGAAAGUGCCAAUAAGCUGUUUGGAGAGAAGUCUGCAAGAUUCAAGGAAAGAUACAUGCAGCUCUCCAAGAAAUAUUACUCUACAGAACCCCAGGCAGUUGACUUCCUAGAAUGUGCAGAAGAUGCCAGAAAAAAGAUUAAUUCCUGGGUCAAGACUCAAACCAAAGGCAAAAUCCCAAACUUGUUACCUGAAGGUUCUAUAGAUGCAGAGACCAAGAUGGUCCUGGUGAAUGCUGUCUACUUCAAAGGAAAUUGGAAAACUCCAUUUCAGAAGAAAUUAAACGGGCUUUAUCCUUUCCGUGUGAACUUGACUCAGCGCAAAGCAGUACAGAUGAUGUUCUUGCGCGCACAGCUGAACAUCGGGUACAUAGAAGACCUGAAGGUCCAGAUUCUAGAGCUGCCCUACGCUGGAUAUGUCAGUAUGUUCCUGUUGCUUCCAGAUGCAAUCGCUGAAUGCUCUACUGGCUUGGAGUUGCUGGAAAGUGAAAUAACUUAUGACAAACUCAACAAGUGGCUCAGUGAAGACACCAUGGCUGAGGAUGAUGUGGAGGUGUAUGUCCCCCGAUUCAAAUUAGAAGAGCAUUACGAACUCAAGUCCAUUCUCAGGACCAUGGGCAUGGAUGAUGCCUUCAGCCAGGGCCAAGCCAAUUUCUUAGGCAUGUCUGAAAAGAAUGACCUGUUUCUCUCUGAAGUGUUCCAUCAAGCCUCUGUGGACGUGAACGAGGAGGGCACUGAAGCAGCUGCUGGCACUGGGGCCAUUAUGUCAGGGAGAACUGGCCACGGAGGCCCACAGUUUGUGGCAGACCAUCCUUUCCUCUUCUUUGUCAUGCACAAGAUUACCAACAGCAUCCUCUUUUUUGGCAGAUUUGCCUCACCCUAAAUUGAAAGGUUCCGUUUCUGCACAGGAUGUUGUAAUGUGAGGUAUAAGCCUCAGAAUUGCUCUAAGGGCCAAAACUUUAGCAACCUCCUGUACAUAUUUCUGUUUUUCUGAACAACUUCUAUUACACACUGAAUAUAAAUACAGAAGUAGCUUGACAUCUGUCAAUCAGAACAUUACCACCUUAUUAAUCAUUUGGUCUCCUAAAAUGGGAUGAUAUCUCAUUUAGUUCU